GCGACGACCGCUAGGAUUGCAGUGAGAGGCUACAAGUGCAGGGUCUGGUGACACGGAGAUGACGGAGUCUGCCAAGAUCCGAACUUCUUCAGGCGGAGGGUGUCGGCUAGGGAUUGUCGUGCCGCCGAGAGGGACAGCAUGCACGGAGACAGAAGGGCGGUCCUCGGGAUUCAACACGGGUACUGGGGAAGGGGCUGAAUUGCAUGGAAGGGAAGUAGGGGAGGAAAUGGAGGAAGGGAAGGAAGCGCAAGAAGGGGAGGAAGAAGGGGAAGAAGGGGAGGAAGGGGAGGAAGGGGGAGAAACGGUGCUCAUUGAAUUGCUUGAAGGAAGAGAGGGUGCGAAAGGGGACGUGAGUAUUGGAGACGACGAGGGGGAGGACAGUGAGGACGAUGCCGAAUCUGGGAAGUCGUCUGACGAGUUCGGACAACUGUACGGAGAGCAUCACGAGGAUGAUGUCGACGACGAUGCCACGACAAUGGAGAUGGAGACACAAGUGGUUAGCAACCUUUCUGUAGAGCCUGAAGACUAUGAGGUCCAACCACUAACGUCUGCCGUCGAUUUGCAACACCGGUUCGACGAGGCUUCCGUUGCUAUGAGCCCGUCUAAAGCAAGUCGUCGUAUAAGCAUCGACGAAGUUAUCGACGGUAUCCUCGACGACCACCACGUGUCCGCGCAUCCGUCCACAACGCCUGACGCCGACGAGGCUGGCAACGUCACAUCUUCCUUGGCAGAUGCCCUCGCUUCCUCGCCGCCGAACUCUCCGGUACUGCCGACCACCCUCGCCGGCGGAGGGGAAGGCGAGGUCAGGGGACGACAACAUGUCACGUCCCCUAAAAAAUCUAGGUUCGACAGUCAAGAUCUCGUGCUCACUUUGCCCGCGCCAACUUCACCGAUUAAGGAACGGAGAGACAAACCGACUGGUCACAACACGUGGAACACGCGGGAAAAGAUUCGCUGCAGCGACUGCGCCUCGAAGCUUGCGGGUUUUGGACGACAUUAAACAAGGCUCGGUGCCACCUCACACUGUUCUCUUUAUCCUGGCCGAUGGUCAAUUUCGAAUUGCAGCAAAAUAUCUCCUUAACCUGUUGCAUAUCGAUGGCAGGGUGAAUAAUGAGGUGAUCAAUUUCUAUAUGGCGUUGUUGGGGUCGACCGCAUGUGGGUCACGUGACAUCUCGUCAGUCCUUCAAGUCUUUAACUUUAAUUCGUUAUUCUUCAGUAAACUGCAACUUCAAGG